CAAAAAAACCCCCGCCGCGGCCGCCGCUGUCAAAGUGGAUCCCGGGCGCUGCGCUGCCAUGGAGGGACGGGAAGCGGAGUGGCCGCCGCGAGGGAAGGAGGAGGAGGAGGAGGAAGCGGCGGCGGCGGGGAAGGAGGAGGAGGAGCGGGAAGAAGGGGAAGAACGGAGGAAAGCGGCCGAGUGAGAAGCGGGGCAGGGCAAGGCAAGGCACCCGAAGCGCCUCCGCAGCGGAGCCCGCGUUGUGCGCGCCUCCAGCCGCCUCCUGCCGCCGCCUCCGCCAGCUAUGCUGUGCCCGGCGCGGGGCAGCUGAUCCUCGCCGGGCCAGGCCGAUGCCCUUCGGGCGCCUGCCGCCCUCGGCCUCCUCUUCGUUGCUGCUGCAGCCGCCGUCGUCCGCCUGCGGGGCUGCUCCUUCUCCCCCCGCGCCGGCUCCUCUCCCGCCUGCGCUUCUCCUCCUCCUCCUCCUCCGGCCGCGGCCAUGCCGGCUUUGCCCUUCUAAAGAUGGCGGUGGGCGAUCGCUGCUGCUGCAACCUUUAGACUCAUGACUGUCAGAAACAUCGCCUCCAUUUGUAAUAUGGGCACCAAUGCCUCCGCUCUGGAAAAAGACAUUGGGCCAGAGCAAUUUCCACUUAAUGAACACUACUUUGGACUGGUCAACUUUGGCAACACAUGUUACUGUAACUCCGUCCUGCAAGCUCUGUUCUUUUGUCGGCCAUUUCGGGAGAAUGUGCUGGCGUAUAAGGCCCAGCAGAAAAAAAAAGAAAACCUCUUGACCUGCCUAGCAGAUCUUUUCCACAGCAUUGCUACACAGAAGAAGAAAGUUGGGGUGAUUCCUCCCAAAAAAUUCAUCUCCAGGCUACGGAAGGAGAAUGAUCUUUUUGACAACUACAUGCAGCAGGAUGCUCACGAAUUUUUGAAUUACUUGCUAAACACCGUUGCUGACAUUCUACAAGAGGAGAAAAAGCAGGAAAAACAAAAUGGCAAAUUGAAAAAUGGAAACAUGAACGAAGCAGAAGAGAACCAUAAGCAGGAGCUCACGUGGGUGCACGAGAUUUUUCAAGGAACCUUGACCAAUGAAACGAGAUGUUUGAACUGUGAAACUGUUAGCAGCAAAGAUGAAGAUUUUCUUGAUCUCUCUGUUGAUGUAGAACAGAACACAUCCAUAACUCACUGUUUAAGAGACUUCAGCAACACUGAAACGUUGUGUAGCGAACAGAAAUACUACUGUGAGACCUGUUGCAGCAAACAGGAGGCUCAGAAACGGAUGAGAGUGAAGAAGCUUCCAAUGAUCCUUGCCUUGCAUCUGAAGCGGUUCAAGUAUAUGGAGCAGCUACACCGGUACACCAAGCUCUCUUACCGAGUGGUCUUCCCCCUGGAGCUGCGACUCUUCAACACAUCGGGAGAGGCCAUCAACUUGGAUCGCAUGUAUGACUUGGUGGCUGUUGUCGUUCACUGUGGCAGUGGGCCUAACCGUGGACACUAUAUCACCAUCGUGAAAAGUCAUGGCUUCUGGCUACUGUUCGAUGAUGAUAUUGUAGAGGUGAGUAAAUCGACAAAUUGUAAUCAAACCUACCAAGCCUUAAUUGAGCCUGUUUUUGUGUUACCGCAUUUCAUUUGCUGAAAGUAGAAUCCUUAU